AUGAGCGAGCUGCAGCGGGCGUGGGCACGGCAAAAGGUUGCUCUACCUGGCGAUCGUUUCGGGGAAGUAGACGAAGAGCAGGAAGUGGACUACGUCCCCGAGCUUCCUGAGCACGCCGAGCAUCCAGACGACGACUCAUCGUCUGCAUCGUCAGUCUCGUCUACUGGCACCAUCAUACCAUCUCCCACGCAGCGGCUCUUUGCUCGCCCUCAAGGUGUUUCGCGAGGGAAGAACUUGGAGCAGAUACCAUGGACAACAUACUUUGAGCGUGAGCUGUACCUCAGCCCCGAGACCAGUCCUGGCUUGACGUACCAUGCCUACCUCACGUCGCCGACCGAGAAGGGUCCUCUGUUUGUGAUGCACCACGGAGCUGGCUCGUCGGGCCUUUCCUUUGCCCUUAUUGGAUCUGAAAUCCGCAAGAGGCUCCCGAAUGCCGGCAUACUGUCGAUAGACUGCCGAGGGCAUGGGCUCACCACCACGGCCGGCGGGGAAGCGCUAGAUCUGCGGCUCGACACCUUGUCUUCCGAUCUCCACGCGACGAUCGAGCUUGCCAAAGCAAAGAUGGGCUGGGGGCAGCUGCCUCCAGUCAUGCUGGUGGGACAUUCCCUCGGCGGUGCCGUGGUGACUGACCUUGCAAAGACCGGCUUGCUUGGCACCGCUCUGCUGGGCUACGCUGUGCUGGACGUCGUCGAGGGCUCAGCCAUGGAUGCCUUGCAGAGCAUGCAGACGUAUCUCUCAACUCGACCCGCUGGCUUCUCCUCGUUGCAGACUGGUAUCGAAUGGCACGUUCGGACGAGGACGUUGCGCAACUCCACAUCCGCGCGGACCUCCGUGCCGGGGCUACUGGUACGAGACGAGCAUGCUGAUACCAGCAGGCCAUGGCGAUGGAGGACGAACUUGGCCGCCACCCAACCAUUCUGGGAGGAUUGGUUUGUGGGCUUGAGCAAAAAGUUUCUAGAGGCGAGAGGGGGCAAAAUGCUGCUCCUCGCUGGCACCGACCGGCUGGACACUGAACUGACCAUUGGUCAGAUGCAAGGGAAGUAUGCGCUUCAGGUCUUCCCCGAAGCAGGCCACUUUAUACACGAAGAUCUACCCGAGAGGACGGCCGUGACAUUGGUGGACUUUUAUCGCCGAAACGAUCGGAGCACGCUGGUGUUGCCGCCCAAAGUGUCAGAUCUACUUGCACAAGGGAAACGUGUGUAA